AACAAAAGAACAGUAAUCGUAAUCCAAUUUCACAGCCGCCUACUGAAAUCCACUGCAAGAAGAAACCCGAAAAUGGGGAAGAACGGGAAGAAGCAAAAAAACCAACGUAAUCAGAGGUCCGCAUCUUACUACCUCGAAGACCACGAACAACAAACUUACCCCUCAAAUAAUCCAGCCCCUUCUUCUCAAUCCGAUCCUAAUCUCACUCUCUCCGACGAAGAAUCAGAAUCAGACGACAAAAACGACCAAAACCCAUCACCAGAUGACGACAAUAGCCUCCCUUCAAAGUUCUCACUAUAUCAACAAUCAGUACAGUCGCCUAAAGGAGACAUUAGUUAUCUACAGAAGUUCUUCUUGACUUACGUUGGUGGCAGGGCACCCCUCCAUCUUCAAGAAGACUUCUGCGGCACUGCUCUUCUCAGUACAGAAUGGCUUCGGAGUGAUUCAAGAAGAACAGCCGUAGGUUUGGAUUUGGACGUGGAGGCUCUUGAUUGGUGCAUGGAGAACAAUGUGAACAAAGUCGGAGCCGAUUUAUCUUCAAGAAUCGUUCUUUUCCAUGGGAAUGUGUUGCAACCUCAAGAAGCUUUACUAGUAAAAUCCAGUUUUCAAAACACCAUGAAUAAUGUAACACUUGAAGAUGAUGAAAAUGGGAUUGAAUCUGUUGCUAAUUCUGAAAAACUUCCACCUCGCGACAUUGUAUGUGGAAUUUUUGUGAUGGAUCUUUAUGGAGGCACAUCAUCCGAAUGUGAACUUAGGAUGCAAAGAAAAUUCCCAAAUUUUACGUAUACUUGGGAGCAAGCUGGGUUUGACAUUAUUCAAAGGAAAACACGGAUAAGUCUCCAUUUUACUCUGCAAAAGCAUCAAAAGAAGAAGCUUCGUCAUGCUUUUUCGUAUAGCUGGAGAUUGUGGUCAUUACCGGAGAUUAAAGAUUGUAUGGAAGAAGCCGGAUUUAGGUCUAUUCAUUUCUGGAUACGUCAAAUGCCAGAUAGUGAGAACAUCAAAAGUAUUGAAGGAUUUGGUGGGGGUAAAGAUGUCAAAUAUGAAGAAGUUACAAAUUUUCAACAAAAAGAUUCAUGGAAUGCUUAUAUUGUUGGGGUUUCAUAGUGAUUGAUGAUUAAAAAGAUGGUUUCUUUGGAUUCUUUAGAUGUUAUGUACUUGAUCAACAUGGUGGAUUUGUUAAAACAUUAAUAGAUCCAUCAAAAACAUAGACUUCGAUUUUUGAGGUCAAAGUUUGGCAUUUAUCGUAUGAUUAAUGAUUAGGAUAUUGUGACAAAGUUAAAGUAAUAUUCAUUUGUUGAGUUUAUUUGAUAAUUAUAAGAAUGUUAUGUAAUUUUGAUGAUGAUAAUUACCAU